AUUCAGUACGAUGAGGUCAAGGGCAGUUUGGUGCAGCAGAUGCAGAAAGCUAAUGAUGUUAAACUUCCAGAGACCCUCCCGAAGGAGGUGGCCUGAAGCCGCUGCCAACUCGGGCACGGUACGGGUGUACUGGGAGGGGACUACACGGCGCAGGACGAGUCUGCUUUUCCCUGAAAACUUUGGCAACACAGCGAAAGCGAACUAGUACACCAAUACAUGUCAGUUCAUUAGCUACAUUUCUAGAAACUGUCGUGGUAAGAGGGGAUGCUUGGGGUGGCUGGAAUGACGGGCAGGUAAGAUUAUUUUCAUUAGCUUCUGUAGCUAACGUUAGCGGUUAGCAGCAAACAUUCAGAACCGCUAACUUCAGCCAGCAAGCUAAAGCUAACGUCACAUUCGCUUACCAUUGGGGCAAAGAUAGCUACAAUUGAUACACCCUACUUAAAGCACCAGCAACAAUGUGAAUGAUCAAUUCAUAAUUUAGUCCACGCUAACAGUUUAAAGGCUUCCUCCCUGUUAUAAUAUGUUAUAGCUAUUGUUAGUUAAAUUAUAGUUAGAGCUAACUAUACAAUUUACAUGCUAGUUAGCUGUUGUUUUUUUAACUCUCAAGAUGAUGCGAGUUAUUAACACUCACCGCCCUGUAACUCUAAUCACUGAGGUUAUGAGCAUUGAUUGAUUUGAAGUAUUUUAAGACAGCAACCAGUGCAUGGAAUACCACUACUGGCCAACGUGCUGAACCAACAUUACAUUACGUGUGGUUGGAGUAAUGUUAGCUACCAUUGUUUUAGUUUGCAACUUAAUACAACAUAUUUGUGUUUAACACAGCUUCAGUCCAGCAUUGGCCUUACACUUUACUGACCUACCGACAGAAAGUUGAGGAACAGCAUUGAACUGUAUGUGUCUGGGUAUUAUUUGUCAAUUUGUGUGUGUGUGUGUGUGUGUGUGUGUGUGUUGGAGCAGAGGCAAGGCUGCACAUCGUCAUUCGGCUAGCAUUCACUACCUCUGUUCCUUUACCAAAUUAGGAGAUGGCUGUGGACAUUGCUAAUGCCCUGGCCAGUGCAGCCUGUGAGCGAUGUAAGAGUGGCUUUGCCGCGACCGAGAAGAUUGUCAACAGCAAUGGGGAGCUGUACCAUGAGCACUGCUUUGUGUGUGCCCAGUGUUUCCAGCAGUUCCCAGAGGGACUCUUUUAUGAGUUUGAAGGGAGAAAAUAUUGUGAACAUGACUUCCAGAUGCUCUUUGCCCCUUGCUGUCACCAGUGUGGGGAGUUCAUCAUUGGUCGUGUCAUUAAGGCCAUGAACAAUAGUUGGCACCCCGACUGCUUCUGCUGUGACAUUUGCCAGGCUGUGCUUGCAGACGUGGGGUUUGUCAAAAAUGCUGGCAGGCACCUGUGUCGCCCUUGCCAUAACCGCGAGAAAGCUCGUGGCCUGGGCAAGUAUAUCUGCCAGAAGUGCCAUGCCAUCAUUGAAGAGCAACCGCUGAUCUUUAAGAACGACCCCUAUCACCCAGACCACUUCAACUGCAACAAUUGUGGGAAGGAAUUGACGGCUGAAGCCAGGGAGCUGAAGGGAGAGCUCUUCUGUUUGCCCUGCCAUGAUAAGAUGGGCGUACCGAUCUGUGGCGCCUGUAGGAGACCCAUCGAGGGCCGUGUUGUCAAUGCCAUGGGCAAACAGUGGCAUGUGGAGCAUUUUGUGUGCGCCAAGUGUGAGAAGCCUUUCCUCGGUCACCGGCAUUAUGAGAGGAAGGGGUUGGCCUACUGUGAGACUCAUUAUAACCAGCUCUUUGGCGAUGUGUGCUAUCACUGCAACCGUGUGAUUGAAGGCGAUGUGGUGUCUGCUCUCAACAAGGCCUGGUGUGUCAGUUGUUUCUCAUGCUCCACCUGCAACACAAAACUCACUCUCAAAGAUAAGUUUGUUGAAAUUGACCUGAAGCCGGUGUGCAAGCACUGCUAUGAGCGCAUGCCAGAGGAGCUGAAACGUCGCCUGGCUCGACGUGAGCGCGAUGCCAAAGACCGCAAGAAAAAUCCUGCUGUGUGUCUGUAGAGUUAUUAAUCUUGACAACUCACCACUCCAUCCUUGGUUGGUGCCGUCUCUGCCUUCCUCUUUUUCUGUGGUGUUCCAUGUUUGUGACAGUAUGGCAUGAUGUCAUUAUUUGUCUUUAAUUUGUAAGGUAUAAACCGACACCCUGCAACUGUUAUGUGUUAAUGGAGUUUGUGCGAAACCUCUGAAUUAUACAUUCAUAUCAAAGUUUGACUCAAUUGAUGCUAAUGAGUAGGGCUUAUAACAAUUAUUUUCCUUAUUAAUUAAUCUGAUCAAUUAAUGGAUUAAUUGUUAGGUCUAUAAAAUGUCAAAAUGGAGAAAGUCCAAGGUGAAGUCUUUAAAUGUCUUGUUUUGUUCAAUCGACUGUCUGAAACCCAAUUAUGUGCAUAUUCUUUCAAAUUGGUGAAGUUGAUUUAUCCAUUUGCAUGUGUUUUUUUGCUAUUUGCAUGUAUUUUCUAUAUUUGCAGUGCGCCACCAAAUAUUAGUCAUUUUUGCUUGAAAAUAUCGACUCAAACAAUUAAUCCGUCAAUUAACUAAAAGCACUUCAUCCACUAACAGUCUCAGCUCUAUUUAUGAGAAACUUAAGCUUUCCUCAAACUUUCUUGUUUUGGUUUGAAUGAGAUGACUAAUGUUUCACUAAAGGACAAAGUUGGAUGAUCAUUUCAAAGGUUUCCAUGAUUCCAUGUCAGAAGAUGUGGUGUUACCUCCUAAAAGCAUGGCCCUCAUGCUAACCCAAUUUAAAGUUAGGAGAUUGUGACUUCAGACACAUUUUAACCUGCAGUGUUAAUACUAUUUAGAUACAGAAUAAUGCAGGUAGAUUAAGUUUUGACAGAAUCUUUCUUUCUUUCCUUCCUUUCAGGAACAAGUUUGUUGAGUUUGACAUGAAGCCUGUUUGUAAAAAGUGCUAUGAAAAGUUUCCUCUGGAGCUCAAGAAAAGGCUGAAGAA